AUGCAAUUAAUGAUUGAUUUUAGAAUUAAUUUCAUUAUUAAUUAUGAGAAAACUAGAAAUUUAUAUAGGAGAAUGAAAAAGCUAAUGCAUUCAAAAUUAAGCUCAAAAAGCAAAGGGAAAUAGAGCAGACUUCGAGGCAGACUGUAGCUGUUUUAUUAUAUUUAUAGUAAAUUUUAAUGGAGCUCCAUAUAUAUUUGUGAAAUUAAAUGAGUCCAUAUAGACUUUGAAGUCAAUUAAAGAUUAAAUUGACUAUUUUGGAUAUGAGAUUGAACCUUAUAAUAUUAAGAAUGAAAAAGAUGUUGUUAAAUUUGAUAAUAGUGGAUAUUUUGUAUUUGAUAGAGCAAAAGACAAAUCAGUAAAGUAUAUUUAUUUUUUUACUAUAGUGAUGCUUUACUUGAUUAAUUAGAUUAAAGUAAUAUGUUCUAAGAGCUUCAAGAAAAAGUGUAAGCAAAAAAUUGAAAAAAAAUAUAGAAAUAAGUAGAAAUUAAGGGGAGAUAGUUUUUUAGUUCAACUAAAUUUGUUUCGAAAGCAGAAGCUUAGGAUUUCUAUUAGGAUAAAUAAUAAUAAGAAAAUAAAGAAGAAGUAGAAGAGAAAUAAUAGGAGGAACCUAAAGAAAAUCAAGAUGUUAAAUUGGAAUAGCUUUCAUUUGAUUAAUUAAAGUAAAUUCAUUAUGAACUUGUUGAAGCAAAUGAAAAUGCAUCCUAAGCUAUGAAGAGGGUUAGAACAAAAUUAGCAAAACUAUAGAAAAAAAAGUUUUAGAAAAAUGUAAGAAAAGGAAAUUCUAAAUAAAAUUAAAAUUAAAACUAAAUGACUUAAGAAAAUAAUCAUGAUGCUUAAGAUGAAUCAAAAUAAACUUUGGAUAUUUCAGUUGAUAUCUGAACGAUUAUAGUCAAGAAAUCAAAC